CGUUGGCAGAACUUGUCAGAACCGGCGAAGAUGCGAGCUUUUUCGUGAAGGAUGUAAAGAUAGUGUGUGUUGUUUUGCAGUGGCAAGUGACGUGUGACACACGUGUCUUUGCACUUUAUCAGCCCUAUAUCAGAGAAAAAAAAAGAAAAGAAAAGUGAGGUUAGGUUGAUUUUUUCUUGGGAAAAAAAUAAAAAGGAAAAAGGCCCCCCUCAAGUCACUUGUCUGUCAGAAGAGAAAUUCAUAAUUCAUGAAUUAAUUAAAAGAAAAAGUUCUUGAAGUGUGUGUGUGUGCGAGGAACAUGACUUUCCCGGAGUUCCGAAGGAGGAGGAGCAGGAUCCGGAUAGUGGUGCUGCUGGGAGUAGCGAUUCUUCUCGUCACCGGUGUCACCCGCGAUAUAUCAUGUUUCAACAUCUCGUCGACGCAGAUCCACACGCUGAACCUGGACCACGCCAAGCUGAAGCUGACCUGGAUGAUGGACUGGUACAAGAAGGAGGUGCUCUUCCACGUGCAGAACACGUUCCUGCACGGCCGGUACAAGUUCUUCGCGCUGGGAUUUUCCCCGCGGGGCGAACUCCGGCGGACGGAUUUGUGCAUCUUUACGCGCGGUCCGGUGGGUCACCAGGUGCUGGACGCGUACACCUCGCGGGACUUUAACCGGAUUUACGUGGACUCGGAGCAGAACUGUGACGUGAUGCGGAUCGACGAGUCGAGUGUGGCGUUCCGGCGGAAGUUUGACACGUGCGAUCCGCAGGAUGUGGCGAUUCACGGGGGAACGAUGUACGUGGUGUGGAUGAGGGGGAAGAAGGAGCUGGAUUUUGGGCGGAACUGGACGGUCAUGCCGGAGAUCCGGAAGGGCGAUCGAGGGGUGCUGCAGGCGCAGAUUCUGCGGGCGGACACGAUUACGAUUCCGGAGGCCAAGUCGGUGUCGAAGAAGGUGGACAUCAAGCUGGACAAGGUGGCGAUUCCGGCGGUGGAAACGACCUAUUGGUGCAAGGUCCAACGGUUGGAGUCUUGGCUAGCGGCGAAAAAACACCACGUGGUGAGAUUCGAGCCGAUAAUCACCAACGAGCACGUUGUUCACCACAUGGAGGUGUUCCAGUGCGUGACGGACUCCAAGCUGGAGAUCCCCCUCUACGAGGGAAGCUGCGCGGAUCUUCCACCAGAAGCAAAAGCCUGCAACAAGGUGAUGGCCCUGUGGGCCAUGGGCGCCGGUCCCUUCACGUACCCCCACGAAACCGGACUGCCCAUCGGCGGCAAAGACUUCAACCCGUACAUCCGGCUGGAAGUCCACUUCAACAACCCGGAUCUCAAACCCAACAUCGUCGACAGUUCCGGAAUGCGCAUCGACGUGGUUUCAAAACUCCGAAAACACGACGCCGCCAUCAUGGAACUCGGUCUCGAGUACUCCGACAAGAUGGCCAUCCCACCAGGGCAGGUGGCCUUCCCGCUGACCGGAUAUUGUAUCGCGGAGUGUACCAAAGUGGCGCUCCCCCCAACCGGAAUCACCAUCUUUGGCUCCCAGCUUCAUACCCAUUUGAGGGGGGUUCGUGUCCUGACUAGGCAUUUCAGGGGGGCGACCGAGCUGCCGGAAGUUAAUCGGGAUGACUUUUAUUCGCACCACUACCAGGAGAUCAGGCAGCUGCGGUACAGGCCGAAGAUUUUGCCGGGUGACGCCCUCCUGACCACCUGCUACUACGACACCCGCGGCUACGACACGGCCACCCUCGGCGGCUUCUCGAUCAGCGACGAGAUGUGCGUCAACUACAUCCACUACUACCCGGCGACGCAGCUGGAGCUGUGCAAGAGCGUCCUGUCCGAAAAGUCCCUGUACAACUACUUCAAGUACAUGCGAGAAGUCGAAAAGCAGCUCGGCGUCGAUCCGGACGGGGCCCGCUCCGAGAACUACCACCAAAUCCGCUGGAACCGGCCGCGGGCGGACCAGCUGUUCGAGUACUAUCUGGAGCAGCCGCUGAGCAUGCAGUGCAACCGGUCGGACGGGCAGCGCUUCGAGGGCUUCGAGUGGGAGGGCGCACCGGUGACGGAGUUUAGCCCGCCGAGGCCGGCCCUGCGCGAGUCGUGCCACGUGUCCGAGGAGCUGCACUGGUUCAAGCCCGUUUCGGUGGGCAAGUGUGACGCCUUUGGGGAGUGCAUUUACGCCGAGGAGAAGAUUAAGGAGUAGGAGGGAGGGACGGGUUUUGUGUUAUUUGUAAAUAUGGAAGAG